UAUCGAAACUGACCGCGGUACGCAGGGUAUGGAGCAAGAUCUCAAGACUGACCCUCCGUGCCAUCCUCGUGCAUGUGCAAUCCAAGGUACGAGGUUGGGUCCGGUCUCUCACUCAGACAGCGGUAUUCACAUAGCGGCAGAUUGCAUACAAAAGAAUGGCUACGACGAAAGCAAAUGCCAGAAGCAGAUUGACGCUCUGUACGAAUGCUGCAAUGCCUUCUACGAGAAGAAUGGCGAUAGCGCAUCAACCGUGAGUUGCCCAAAGGCUGGACUUCUGAGG